UGUGCCGCUGGCUUUAUCAUUCCGGUAACUCGAAUGAAAUAGUGUAUACACUUAGUGCAAAAGUACGGAAAGUGCAAGCAACACGAACAAACCUGAGAGUUACUGCUCAUGCGGAUAAUAAUAGAAUAGUUCAAAACUGAAUAUAAUUGAGUUGAAUUACAUAUAAAAGAGGACUGCGAGAAGGAGGUAACGAAAUGCCACUUGAGAAUCUCGCUAUAUAUCUUCUGAACGAUUCUGUGCUUCCAGCAUCCGUACCGAAGAUUUUUGGGUUACUGUGAACACAUCCAGCGAGAAAUGAACGCAUGCAUUAAGGAACAAAGAGAAAUCCGCAGAAGGGAAAAUUCGAAAUUGCUACGUGAGAGAUUAGGGAUGAAAAAACCGACACAGCAAGAAAAUAGCAGUUAAUGUUACGUAAUCAUCUGGUUGGAAAUUCGUCACUUUGAUAAGGAAAAAGUAGCGGUAAAUUGUGUAAUUUGGUUAUUGGAGAGUCACAUAUUAGUACCUAUUUUUGUACUAUUGUGUUGCUUGUGAUAUAUUGUGAUAUAUUGUAAGCUAUUGAUUCAAAUAGUGUAUAUAAUAAACUACGACAUUGGAACUAAACAUGAAUCUGAUGUCAGAGGUUGACAAAUCAGAAAACAAACGAUUGAAAUUGGAAAAUGAUUACGAAAAGAAAUUAUGCAACCAGAAGAAAGAAGAUAAUGUUCAAGAAAAUAUAUCUGAAGAUGUUUCUGAUACAAGAGAAAUAUCUUCUCGACGAGAACAGAAAAUAUGUGACAGAUUAGUGGAUAGUGAUACCGAUGCAUCAGCGAUUGUUGAGAGUGAUGCUGACAAAUUGUUUACAUUUCCUCCAGAUGAAAAUAUCUCUGAUAUGUUAGAUGAAGUAGAGUACAGUGGUCAUUUUCCUACUGUCACAGAUCGCUAUUUUACUCCUUAUUACAAAAUGAAUGUGCAAUCACAUGGAGAUGAUAUGUGCAUAUGGAUUCAUAGUAAUCGUAUUUGUAUGCUAUCGCUAGCACCUAGUCACAUCAUUCUACAAGGCAAUAAAGAUAUAAUAAAGGUUGACUUUAAGGUUAGCGAUAAAUUAGAUAGAUCUCUCAACAAAGUCUCAGGAAAGAGUAAACACGGUGCACAACCAUUACAAACUAAUUCAAACAUUUGUACUAUAUCAUGCUCAAAUAAGGAAACAUAUGUCAUCAAGUGUUGUAUGAUAGGAAAGUUAGUGGAAGUUAAUGAAACAUUGUCGAAAUAUCCACAUCUUCUCAAAGAGUCGCCACAUAAAGGUGGAUAUUUGGCUAUAAUAUUACCAAACAUAAAGCUUUUAGAAAAUUUGAAACAAGUUCUGCUAACCCAUAAUCAAUAUAUCAACCUUCUUAAAGAACAGGAAAAACUAUAGCAGCAUAUGAGAAAAAAAAAGUUUAAAUCUACAAGCAAAAGACUAGAAGACUUAGUUGAGAAUAAUUAUAUGGUUGAAAUGAAUAAUUAAUACAAAAACCAGAAUUGGAAAUCAUUAAGGCUCUUGAGUACACUGCUAAGAAUUCAGCGUUGGCACACCAUUACAGUAAAAA